UUUGGUUGCUGCGGCUGAAUAUACGGUCGAGCGACGGACGGCGGCACUUCCUUCCCCCGGCGACGACGAUGGCAACAAGAGAUCUCACACGACCCUUCGUCAACCUCAGGACAGAUGUCAAGGCGAAGGUAACAAGGCGUCGUCAGAUGGCAUCGCACUCGCCUGACGCGCACCACGAAGCCAACUCCCUCAUGCGAAACGCCGAGAUGAGGUCGGACAUUGACCUCGAAGCAGCCGCGGCUUUGGCUCAAGACACCCCAUUGUGGGUCGACGCCGUCACAGAUGUAAACAUCCACGUCGCGCGCGUCAAAGAACUGAUGGAAAAGUUGACAAAGAUUCGAACGAAGCGCCUGAUGGUUCGCUUUGACGAUUCCGAAACGGAUCACGAGCGUGAAAUUGAGAGCAUCACGGCGGACAUCACGGCCGAGUUUCGGAAGGCGGAGGGCAUCUUGAAGCGGAAGAUGAACGGAAAGGAUGGCGUGACCGACGCCGAUGCGAAAACCCGGCAGAAUGUGCAGCGGGCGUUGGCGACGCAGUUGCAGACGUUGUCGGGGGAGUUUCGCAAGGCCCAAAAGGAGUAUUUAGAUCGCGUCAAGACGCAACGUCAAGGGCCAAAGGAGUUUGAUUUCUUGUCAGAGGAAAAGAAACCCAAGCGCAGCACGGGCAUCGACGUGCGUAACCAUCGUGCGGGGGGUCAUUCAUGAUGCUCAAGAUGAUAUGGCGUAGGGAGGGUUCAUGCAGGCCCAACUUGCCGAAGUCGAACUGGCGGAAGACCUGAUCAACGAACGGGACCGCGAAGUGCAGCAGAUUGCGACAUCGAUCCAAGAGUUGGCUACUAUUUUCAAGGAACUGGCGGUGCUCGUAAUCGACCAAGGCACGAUCUUAGACCGUAUCGACUACAACAUGGAGCAAGUGGUUGAACGCACGCAGGCAGGCAUUGUCGAGCUCACGAAGGCCGAGACGAUCCAGAAGAGUGGCCGCCCCAUGAAGUGUAUAGGCAUUUUGCUCGCGCUGAUCACGGCGAUGACCAUCAUACUGAUGCUCAAACACUUGCACUAAUCAUCAUCAUGUCUUGGUUCAGUUGCAACGGGGUCUUUUUAUUCAUAUUCACGAGACAUGCAGUACACACUUCACAGACUGUUUGAAGGAUUAAUAUAUAUUAAUACAGUAAUGGCCUAC